AUGGACGACGAUGUAGAGAUGGACGACGAGCAGGAGCAGGAGCACGAUGCUGUCGAUGAGACCGUCUACGACGAUCCCGAUGCCGAUAACGACGACAUGGAUGACGUAGACGACGACGAAGACGGCGAUGAUGACGAUGACGACGAUGGAGACGACGACGACGAUGAUGACGAUGAUGGCGAUGACGACGACGAUGAUGACGACGACGACAACGAGGAUGCGGACGACGACAACGACGAUGCCUCGGUCGCUGCCUCUGGCACAGGCGCUCGUCGCUCCGCUCACGAAGAUGCCCUGUCCGCCGCCACGUACCUUCGCAAAGUGCAGGAGCGCCGCAACCUCUUCCGCCCCUCGCCCGCAUGCGUCGACACGACGCUCGGAUACCAGAUCGAGCCGAUGGCGGCAGCGCCGCACUCGAGCCACGUGCACGCCAUGGCGCUGUCGCUCGACGGCCAAACGCUGCUCACCGGCGGCUCGGACGGCUUCGUGCGCAAGUACGACGUGCACGCCACCAUGAACGGCAAGACCAUGCUCACGCAAAACGUGCGCCACGGCUUUGUCGAAGGCAUCACGCGCGGCGGAACCCUCUCCGCCUUUUGGCCGCACGAAGAACACCUCCCCACCAACGGCGUCGCGUCGUCAUCAUUCCCUUCGGCGUCGGUGGCCGAAAAGGACCGACUCGUGGGGGUUGUGCACAGCCUCGCACUGCAGCAGGACGCACUGUGGGGCGUGAGUGGGUCCGAAUCGGGAAACAUCCAUCUGUAUACCCUGCGUCACGACCCGGGCGUCGCGAGGCAUGUCUUUCGAAAACACAAGGGCGCGGUUUCUGCGCUGGCGCUGACAGAGGACGAGACGGGCAUGAUCUCGGGCGGGUGGGAUAGAGGCGUGCAUCAGUGGGACCUCAAUACGGGCCAGAUCGUGCGCUCGUUCCCGGGGCAUGCGGGACAGAUCUCGGGGCUCUCGUUCAGACCACAUGCAUCGGCGUCGGCAAGGUCGCCGUCCCCAAGCGAGCCCAGUGUGUCCAUACACCCGUCCGCCGCCCAGAGCAGCACAGACAAGCAGCCGCGCGAAGAAGACGAUGCUGGCGACGCGCAACGGCAGGAAGCAGGGGAAACCAAAGAAGCGUCAGGCGAUGGGCGGACUGACCAGGAUGCAGACCAGCAAGACGCGAAACCCAGGCCGGUCGAAGGGGAAGCCAAAGCCGCUAACGACAGCGCGCAAGCAGAUACCGUGCGGGAUGCAGAGGCGGAAUCCAAACCGGCCACAACAGAUGCACCUGCGUCGGAAGGGCCAGCACGAGACACAGCGUCUGCUGGCGAUGCGCCGCCUCCACCUGCCGAAGCAUCCAGCGAUGCCGCUGCCACCAAUUCUGCAGCCAAGAGCAUCUCUCCCUUGCCCGAAGCGGCUACAGCGGUGACGGGGAUCAAGACGGAGCCGGACGGAUCGGCGCCGUCGUCUUCGCUCGGUGGUGGUGCGGGAGACGACCCGACGGAGGAAGAGCUUGCGUUCGAAGCCGAGCUCAACGCGAGUCUGGGUAUGGCACUCGACGGGAGCGCAGGCCCGCGCGCGGACGGCACCCGUCCGGACAGGGUCACCCUCGGUGCGAACGGCACGACUGCCGGCGGGCUGAUGGUAGCAGGAGCCGACGAGGAUCUCGACGACGAUGCGGGCACCGAUGAUCUAUUCGGCGGUUCCACGCCGCCCGUCAGCUCCGCCCCGAAGGACUCCCGCGACACGGCACGAAACGGUCGCAACGAGAGCGAUGAUGAUUCGCUGUUCGGGGACGGAGAUGAAGAUGCGGAUGGCGAUGCGGAUGCGGAUGCGGAUAUGGAUGCCGAGGCGGAUGCGGAUGCGGACGAGGAUGCGGAUGAUGCAGAUGGGUCGUCGGAUGAAGAUAUGCCGCUGGCGGGCCGGGCUAUGGUAAAGAAUACUUCGUCCCAAAGCACGUUAGUUGCCGAGUCGGAGUCGGUACCGCUUUCCCUACCCUCCAGUACGGUUGCAAAUGACGUCAAAGUACCUUCGCCCAAGGCGGUUGUUCCGGACGCAGGACCCAAAAAGACGCUACCCAAACCGGCGUUUGGCGGGUUCAGCGUAUCGUCCUCGUACUCUGCACCGAUCUCGUCGUUCAGUCCAUCCGUGAUGAUGUCCACUUCGCUCUCGGGCCAGGCGAUUCUAUGGGAUCUUCGUUGCCCAUCCUACCUCACCGACGGCGAAGCGCGCGGGGUCCAUUCACUUGCUUUGCCCUCCAAGGUCCCACCAUGGUGUCAAUCAGCGGUAUUCAGCUCGGAUGGUGGGAGCGUCUUUAUCGGUCGCAGAAACGAGUGCGUCGACCAUUGGGAUCUUCGUUCGCCCAAACUCGUCAACACCCUCCGUCUACCUUCCGGCUCCGGCCCCGUCUACGCCCUGGCAGCCAUGCCCAACGCAAGACACAUCGUCUGCGGCAGCUACGACAACGUGCGUCUCUGGGAUACCGCCGAAUCCUCCGAAGCCAAAGUGCCCUUCAAGAUCGUCGCGGGCCAUCACGGCGCAAACCUCUCGAGCCUGAUCGUAGACCGCUCGUCCAAAUUCCUCCUCACCGCCUCCGGUGAUAGAGGCUGGAUGGGCACCAGCACAGAGGCCGUCAUCAUCCACGAUAUCAAGCCGCUCUAA